AUGUCGGACGAGGCGUCGGACACGGAAUCGGUGGGCUCGACGCAAAAGGAGCUGGAUGAGAACUAUCGAUGUUGCUGCGGCAAGUUGCAUAUUACGGUAGGAGAAGUCAUGUUGGUUGCAUAUAUAAUACUAUAAGUUUGUCGGGGAAAUAAAGGGUGUCCUCGCACUUAAUGAAAAUACUAGUAUUUGGCUUGAACUUCUAAAUCUUUGUGUGUCCAGAAAAUGUGUCACGAUGACACAUGUUUAGAAUCUCCCUGUGCUGCAAAAAACGGCUGCAAAUAGCUAGGAGCACUCUCUAGAGCAAGUCAGCGAAAUUUGAGGCGUUGAAAGAUUUCGUAGCGGAGAAAAAUCCGGAAAAUCCAGAAAAUCCGUCAUCCAAAUUCCGUUCGGCAAAAGUUUUGGAAUCUAAAUUUUUUUCUAUGUACUCCAGGGAGUAUUUCUGGUCGCAUACAGCCGUUGUUCAUAUCACUGACACAUCUUAAACGGGUGUCGUCAUGACACAUUUUCUGGACACAAAAAUAUUAUAUUUGGAAAUUUCGAGCCGUAUAAUAUUGUAUAAUAUAUGGUAUAUGUUUCAGACAGUGACAUACAUCAUCACGUUUGUGUCGACCUUUUUUAUUGUCUCCAACUUGAUGAUGAAGCUCGCUGGAUAUUCGGAGACGGCCUGGGAUUGGGAACUACUCUUCUUGGUGGUGGACUCCAUCGCUUCCGUCUCCCUGUUUUACGGUGUUUAUUCGAAAAAGCCGGCAUUUAUUCAACCAUUCGUGGUGCUUAGUGUGAGUUGCUUUUGAGGGAUGAUGGAGAACUUUGAAGGGAUCUACAGUGGCGCACCUGAUCCAGUGACAAAAAAAGCAACAUCUUGCCUCCGGAAGGAUCAAAAAUGUGGCAAAAUACCUCCCUCUUCAAGUGGAAAAUCUCCGAUUCCAGGGGUUUUCAAAACGCCCUUCAAAACGGAGUUUUUUGACCUAGAGAAGGGAGGCAUUUUGCCGCAUUUUUUGAUGUUUUCCGGAUGCAAAACUUUACCUUUAAUUGGAUUAAUUUGCCACUGUAUUUGCAAAAAUAUGUCAAAUGUGUGACGGUUGAAGCCAUUCUAGUAGUUUAUCAGUCUGUCGGGAAAAUAAUGAGCAGUCUGUCACAUCGAAAAUCGCAUCGCCGCCGAGAAAAUGAAUUGUAUCGCGGUGAAAAUCAAGUUCUUCUUCACUUCAAACACGAUCGGCAACAUUUUGCUCAUUAUUUUCCCGACAAACAAAUGUCGGUCUCUCGGGAAAAUAAUGUGGAUUUGUCGUGGCAAGAUGCCUCGAGACCAAAUCCCUAGCCGCGUCUAUCGCAAAGUGAUUUUUUAGCUCUUUAAGCGGUGUUGAUUGCAGAUUAUCACAACGUCCUUCCUCAUUCUGCUCGCCACCUCCAUGGCAUCCGCUGCCCUCGAUCCCAACUCCUAUUCGGGCCAAGAUCUGGAGCUGGAAAUGCACAAGCGAUUGUCGGAUGCGGCGCAUCAACUGUCGUUGCAGUUCAAAUCGGGUAAGAAGGCCACACGGGAAAAAAGAUCCAUUCGAUUUCAGUGGUCUCGCUGGUCGCCUCGGUCUGUUUUUUCUUCGUUCUGCUCUCCGCGAUGGCCCAUUGCUGGUAUGUGUAUGUGGCCGUGAAAUGCGCCAAAUAUUUUCGGGAACUCAAGUGCAUUGAGGAUGCGAUUCGUCCGGACGAGAUUUCCGUUCAAUCACAGUGA